AUGUUGUAUGUAGAAGCACCAGUACAAGUAGGAUUUUCGUACACAAAUACUCCAUUUACAGAGUUUAACAGUCAGGGAGACUCGCUUACAGCAGAAGACAACUAUAUGUUUUUGGUGAAGUGGUUAGAAAGGUUUCCAGAGUAUAAAGGAAGAGAGUUUUACAUCGCGGCUCAAAGUUACGGUGGUCAUUAUGGUCCCCAACUUGCCCAGAUUAUCCUUCACCGGAAAACCCAAACCUUCAUUAACCUACGAGGAAUGAUUCUUGGGAUGUGUAAUAGCGAGUGCGGGAAGGCGGAUGCUAAAAUUAGUAUGCUUACACGACAACUAAACCUCUACAACAUAUAUGCUCAUGUGUGUUUAAACUCCACGUUGACAAGCAUGCCAAAGAAAUACACAACCGUAACAGAGUUUGAUCCAUGCAGUACACACUACAUGACGACAUAUCUUAAUAGGGAAAAUGUUCAAAAAGCAAUGCAUGCCAACACCACGAAACUAYCGUACCCGUGGAGSCAAUGCAWGGAURAUAYYGGAAUGUAUUAUAAUUCAACAGAUAGGUAUGCCUCAAUGCUUCCUACCCUCCACGAGCUGAUGGGAAAGGGUAUUCGAAUAUUGGUGUACAGUGGAGACUUAGACGCUAUGGUGUCGGUGAUAUCUACAAUGCACAUGUUUGAGAAGUUGAAUUUAACAGUUGAGAAGACAUGGCGCCCAUGGUUUAGCGAAAGAGAAGUGGGAGGGUAUACAGAGGAAUACAAAGGAAACUUUACAUAUGCAACAGUGAGAGGAGCAGGUCACAGUGUGCCUAGUGACCAACCCAUACGUGCUCUUACUCUCUUUACUAGUUGUAUUCGUAACACUACCCUCCCUCAUUUGUAA